AUGGGAAAACUGUUGGUGUUUGCUGCGUUACUGCUGUUAGUAUUCUACUAUGCAGCUGGUGGUGUUGCUGCUGUGGCAAUCAAGUCUACUGUAUCUGAGGUGUAUAGAAUGCGCCAGUGUGGCUCCAAUCCAAUGACGACAGUUGCUAGAAACUACACAGCUAGGUCGUGUGUCGAUCACAUGGAACACGGGGCGUCUCACUGUGGACAUUACGUCAUCGAUGAUGGACAAGAAAGUUACGUUGUCUUCUGUGAUAUCAGCACAGAGAUUGGAUUUGCCUACACACUUAUCGAGUCGUUUGGUCUCAAACACAACUCUUUCUUUCGAAAAGGUCUGACUGUGAACUGGCCUAUCAAUGAGAAUUCACCCAACUGGAACAUGUACCGUCUCUCCCACAGCAGAAUGUCCCGUGUUAGAGAUCACUCCACCUACUGGAGAACCACGUGCAACUUUCCAUCUGUGGGAAUUGACUACCAAGAUUAUGUGAGAGCAAGAAUUACAGACGUAGAUCCAUUAAAGCAGACCUUGUCUAAUACUUGCAAAAAGGUAGAAUAUAUCAAUUUGCGUGGUCACCUAGGAUUACAGACGACAGUUGCAUUUUGGAAUAAUAAUGGCAAUCAUAUGCAUACUGACAGCAGUGCAAGAAAAUGUGCAUUUAAAGCCACAGUGGCCCGAUGA